AUGGGACUUCAGGAACCGGGGCCCCGGGGCUGCGUCAUGACGUACCUCGAAGACCAGAGCGCCAAUGGGACUUUUGUCAAUGACCGCGUGGUGGGCAAGGGCAGGAAGGUUCUUCUGGCUCACGUGGCCAAAAUUGCCCUGUCUUUGCCGCACAACAAAGUGUUUGUGUUCUCUGACCUCAUGGAGGCUGGCCCUCAGCUGGAAUAUCCCAAGGAACUGCGGGAGAAAUACAUCAUCUCAAAGACGCUGGGCAGUGGGGCCUGUGGAGAGGUGAAGCUGGCCUUUGAAAAGGACACCUAUAGCAAAGUUGCCAUAAAAAUCAUCAGGAAGUGCAAGUUUAUGACUGACCUCUUGCCACAAGUGCAGGACAAACCUUUUAACAUUGAAACGGAAGUGGGUAUCUUGAAGAAGAUCAACCACCCCUGCCUAAUCAAGAUAAUAGACUUCUUUGAAGGAAAAGACUUUUACAUUGUGUUGGAAUUGAUGGAAGGUGGGGAACUGUUUGACAAGGUUCAGCGACCAGCACGGUUGAGUGAAAGAACUUGCAAACUGUAUUUCUACCAGAUGUUGUUGGCUGUACAGUACCUUCACAAACAUGGCAUAAUUCACCGGGAUUUGAAAUUAGAGAAUGUGCUUUUAUCGUCUACGGAAGAGAACUGCCUUGUCAAGAUUACAGAUUUUGGGCAAUCCAAAAUUGUUGGAGAAACUUCUCUCAUGCAAACAUUAUGUGGUACUCCCGACUACCUUGCUCCAGAAAUUCUACAUUUUGCUGGAACAGCUGGAUAUGGACGAUCUGUGGACUGCUGGAGCCUUGGAGUGAUUCUCUUUAUGUGCCUCUCUGGCUACCCGCCCUUCACUGAGAAACGUGCUGGCCCGUCUCUGAGAGAGCAGAUUGCCAGUGGAGACUACUAUUACGUUGAAGAAGUGUGGAAGGACGUAUCCAAAGAUGCUUUUGACCUGGUUGAGAAGCUGCUAGUUGUGGACCCCACCAAGCGCUUGAAAAUAGGAGAGGCCUUGGAGCAUCCCUGGCUGCAGGAUGAAAAUAUGAGGCGUACUUUUCAGCAGUUACUGGCUCAAGCGCAGGACGCUGACCCUCCGCCUCGGACUUUGGUGCGUAUUCCUUCCCUUUGCCUUUCAUUUUGUUCCAGAAGGGCCCGCGGCUGUAAGCCCGGCUUGCCGUAAUGCUAUGCCAGGAGCAGGGCUCCUCCCAUGUCCGACUAAGCGGUGCCCGGGGACCCCGCGCUGCUCGAGUCUGGGGGCCGAGGGCCCGGCUC